UGUUUUUCUUUUUAAUAUUAUUUUACUUUCUGUUGGCGUUUAAUGUGCUGCGGAAAGGAAACCCGCAUUGCGUAAAAAAUUGCGUAAAAUUGAAUAAAAACUCAAGAAUAUAGAAAGAAGCAAGUGGAGGUGUCCGACAGUUUUCUAUCUUUUAGGUAGAUUUAUUUUUUCUUUUCUUUUUUUUCUUUUAGCAUCUCAGCAAGGCUUUUAAAAUCACAAGAAAUUUCCCUUCACAGCUCGCUGGACUGGAUAUUAUCGACUUUUGGAAAUAGUUUGGUGAAAUCAAGUCAAAGGGGGUGUUUUGUUUUCUUCACACAUCCUUUCCUGCACCCGAAUGGCUUUGGGGUCGGGCAUCUAAUCAGACACUUAUAUGAUCAGACACCGGGACUCGAUCGCAGAAAUCUUGAGGGAUUUGUAUUUUCUACCAGUCACUUGGAAACUAUAAAAGGAACGACAAAACUAUAGGAGAAAUAUUUCACUCCUCUUCGAACUCGCCUGCUAAUUUGACAAGAAGCUUCAGCCGAGUGACGAGCUGCAGGAGAAAAACAAAAGCAAAAAAAUCAAAACCAAAACAUGCCUCAAAAAGAAUACUAUAACCGGACCACGUGGGAGUCUGGUGUAGCGUCCAUGAUGCAAAACAAGGUGUCUGACAUCUGUAAAGAAGGUCACAGCGGGGUGAAUCAGCUCGGCGGCGUGUUCGUUAACGGCAGACCGCUGCCCGAUUCCACCAGACAGAAAAUCGUGGAGCUCGCGCACAGCGGCGCCCGCCCCUGCGACAUAUCCCGGAUUCUGCAGACCCAUGCCGAUGCAAAAGUCCAAGUGCUGGAUAAUGAAAACGUAUCCAAUGGAUGUGUGAGCAAGAUCUUGGGCAGGUACUACGAAACAGGCUCGAUCAGACCGCGCGCAAUCGGUGGAAGUAAACCACGAGUGGCCACACCUGAGGUGGUCGGCAAAAUUGCGCAAUUUAAGAGGGAGUGCCCGUCCAUUUUCGCGUGGGAAAUCCGGGACAGACUGCUCUCCGAGGGCAUCUGCACGAACGACAACAUACCGAGCGUGUCGUCCAUAAACCGAGUGCUGCGCAACCUGGCUAGCGAGAAGCAACAGAUGGGAGCAGAUGGCAUGUAUGAGAAGCUGAGGAUGCUGAACGGACAGACGGGAGCGUGGGGGACCCGGCCAGGCUGGUACCCCGGAUCAUCGGUGCCAGGACAACAGAACCAAGAAGGCUGCCAGCAGUCAGAUGGAGGUGGUGAGAACACAAACUCCAUCAGCUCGAACGGGGAAGACUCGGACGAGGCCCAGAUGCGACUCCAGUUAAAGAGAAAACUGCAAAGGAACCGCACUUCUUUCACCCAAGAGCAGAUAGAAGCACUUGAGAAAGAGUUUGAAAGAACGCAUUAUCCGGAUGUUUUUGCCCGCGAGAGACUCGCAGCGAAAAUUGACUUACCGGAGGCCAGAAUACAGGUAUGGUUCUCAAACAGAAGAGCAAAAUGGAGGAGGGAGGAAAAGCUUAGGAAUCAGAGACGACAAGCCAAUAACUCCACCAGUCACAUACCUAUCAGUAGCAGCUUUAGCACAAGCGUCUAUCAACCGAUCCCUCAGCCGACAACGCCGGUGUCCUUUACAUCGGGCUCCAUGUUGGGACGGUCAGACACAGCGCUCACUAACACGUACAGCGCCCUCCCACCAAUGCCAAGCUUCACAAUGGCUAACAACCUCCCUAUGCAAGCAAGCCAGACCUCAUCCUACUCCUGCAUGCUGCCCACCAGUCCUUCGGUGAAUGGGCGGAGCUACGAUGCGUACACGCCCCCUCACAUGCAGGCACACAUGAACAGCCAGUCGAUGGCCACCUCGGGCACAACCUCGACAGGUUUAAUCUCGCCUGGAGUGUCUGUACCGGUACAAGUGCCAGGCAGUGAACCUGACAUGUCCCAAUAUUGGCCCAGGCUACAGUGAAGGGAACUGAGGAGUGCAGAGAAACAGACGCGACCUCCUGGCCUCUCUCAGCUGCAAGGCGAAGCGGUUCAGCAGUAUUUCACUACACAACAGAGAAGCGGCUCUAAAAAGGACCCGUGUUCUUUUGUAUGGGGAUAGUGCCAUUUCUCUAGCGUUCUCUUGGACAGAAAGACUCGAAGAAGCACCAAAAGAGAACGGACUCUGUGUAAAGUGCCCCGUGUUAUAUCGUUAAAAAAAUGGAACAAAAAUUCGCUUUUCAGUUUCCAGUCAUUUUGAUGUAUUUGUAAAUGGCAAAUUGACAUGUAUGUUAUGACAUAAAAAGAAAUGAACAGCUGUGGAUGGACUGUCAAACCGAGUCGUUCCGCAAUCCGUGGAAGGAGCGACGUUCACGCGAGCAUUUCUGCCGUGCUUCUUUUGUUUCAUUAUCAGUUGAUAUCAAGGACUUCUAAACGUCUUUGUAAUGAUUGUGGACCUGUAGUAACAACAGUUUUGUUCCAAGGCAACCAUGACUACACCCAGUUUACAAGAAGCCAAUUCAUUCGUUUCCAAAGCUUGCUGGCAGAAAAAAAAAGUCUAUGUGGAACGCUUUGAAUGCUGAAUCAGAAAUGAAAAAGAAAAAAAAAAACAAAAACAAACAAACAAAAAAAAAUCCUUUUGGUAACUUUUGGUUUAAACAGUAGAUUGUGUCUUGGAUAUAAUUCAGUUUUGUUUCAUGUCAAAAUGUAAGUAUUUGUCUUCCCUAGAGGUCUCU